UAUUUCAGAAUCUUUCAAACUUUCAUAAGCAAGCAGAAAGAAACUACACCAUUAACGACCACUAUACUACCACGAGCGUUACAAUCUCUUUUAAAUUGAGAGUAACAUUCAUCGUGAUUGAUAAAGACAAAAACAACAACCAUUCCUGAGUUUUCCAUCAACAUCAUAGAGAUAGUUGCUUGGAUCAGAGUUUUCCAUCGACAUCAUAGAGAUUGCUUGGAAUCUUUAUUGAAAAAUUAAGAAAGUCAAUGUUUCCAACGAAAGAAGCAAGCAAGAGAUGCUCUACUUCACAUAAAAAAGCGAAAUGAAUGGAAAACGAUUACUACACUACUCAUCAGCAGAGCGGUGCUACAACGAUUUACAGAGCUGAAAUCAUUGAAUUUCAUUUUUCCAAAACAUGAAAAUUAUUCCUCGCACUGGGUAAAAUAUUUGCACAAACAAGGCAGAAGUACUGCUUGGGGCCACAACACUGACAACGCAGCGUUGCUGGUUUUUGGAGGCAGUAAACACAUGUUGUGUCGGUUGGAAUACAACAUCCCGCGAAAUAUGCAUCGAACAACUGUGUUCUUAAUGUUGUCCCACUUUUGGAUUUUGGAGAUUUUUCUCUUCUCGUAUGAAGACAGACCCGAACCGCUACUACCAAACUCUUCAAACGAGAAAGGUUAGAAGCUUGUGUUCCGCCGUAUGCGAAAACGUUUUCUUCGAUUUCUUUCCACUUUUUUCAACAAAUGUAGCAUUGAAAGAAAAUGGCUUAAGCUGCUUUCUGCUUAUUCAAAAUUCUGUAAGUUAAGUCACAAUUAUAAACGUUUUAAAAGCUGACACAAGUCUUCACACGCUGGAUGAUAAUAUAUGCGAACAUGGUAGGCAUGGUAACAAAACCUCGGUUAAACUGGGUACUAGGGAACUGAUGUGGACUGAGCCCAUCGAGGGAAUUUCUUUCUCCUGGCUGAGCCUAUUUCCUUCGAGUGAACCGGGUGAGAAACGAAUCGUACAGAAUGUCUCGUGAGAAGGUUAAAGAAUUUGACAAGGAGAAAUUUGAGUUUUUAGAAACAGAGUCGGUGACGGUAUUCUCAGAUCCAAAUGAUAUCCUUCGUGAGAUGGAAUCCGUCGCCAACUUGAUUGCUGAGAACAAAAAAUUGAAGCCAUGGUUAAAAACAUGGAUUGCUGAUAUGAAAAAAAGUCCCAUCAAAGAGCUGAUGCCAUGGGCCAAAAAAUUAAUUGCUGAGUACAACAAUGUUCCCAAAAAACAGUUGGCUCUUCUUAGUUAUGAAGACACUGGGCGUAAACGUCUGAUUGUAAGGGAGUGGUUGCCAAAAGGAUUUGAGAAAAUGAAUGGCCGUUUAUACAAGACGUGGAGCCCACAGCACAUCAGCCAGCUCAGAGAAUGGGACUCAAAUCCAAUGAUUUUCUACCGACCGGCGGCAGUUCCGGCGUAUCGGCAUUUCUAUCUACAUUUGCCUUACUUUUGCAUCAAUGUAGUGUAGCAUUUCGCAUAAGACCAGUCUUAGGCUGAACUCAGUUGUACGUCGAUCUUAAUUCGUCGAGCUUAAUAAUUAGAGUGUAAUAGAUCGUAAUAGUCGCGAAGAGACAUUAAAAAA